AAGUGAUUGUGUUAGCGGCUUUCUAACUCAUUUCGAUCGUAUAAUUAAAAAAAACUUCUUAUAUUUGUCAGCAGGAGCUUUUGCAAAAAUCACAAUAUGUUGUCUGAAAAAAGUGACUGACUUGAAAAAAAUAAUAAAUAAAUAAACAUGACUUUAUAUGUUAUUUUAGUAUUCACGUUUUUGAUACAAACGGCGGUAUGUGAAUUAGAAUUCCCGGAGUUGGAAUUACAAAAUAAAAUCUUUAAGGGUUACAACACAAAUGUAAGACCAGUGAACAAUUAUUCUAAGCCAGUUAUUGUCACUGUUGGAUUAACGUUAAGAAAAGUUUUGCAUUUAAAUGAAAUAAGACAAUCAUUUAAAUCUACCAUGAAUGUGAAUCUUUACUGGUACGAUGAUUCGCUACAAUGGAAUAAAUCUGAGUUUAUUGGAAUAAACAACAUUGAAAUUCCUUACAAUAAAAAUAUAUGGGUACCUGAUUUAAUGAUUUACAAUGCUUUGGAAAGGCCAGAAGAUCUUGGUGUAAGUAAUGCUUUUAUAAGAUUGAAUAAUAACGGACAAAUUUAUGUGUGGACUCAAACCAAUUUUGAAACAGCUUGCGAAAUCAAAACUAAAAAGUAUCCCUACGAUAUGCAGGUUUGUGACAUAGUCAUCACAAAAUUCAUGAGCUCCGAUUUGGAAAUAAAUAUUAGACCUUUAGAAAAAUAUGUUAACAUGAACGAAUAUGUUGAAAUAGCAGAAUGGAAAAUUAAAGAUACUUUCGUCAAAACAACAGUGGAUCCAAUUAAUAUUUCAGUUUUCAUGGACACAGAUAUUUCAUCAGUCGAUGUUAUAAAUAUCACAUCGAUUACAUAUACUUUAACACUGCAAAGGUCUUGCAAAUUGUGCUUUUUCAACAAUAUCCUACCCGUCAUGGUACUAGCAGCAUUAAAUUUUCUGACGUUUUUUGUACCUUGUGAAAGCGGCGAGAAACUGAGCUACCCGAUAGCGAUGUUUCUAACAUUAGCGGUCUUUUUGACGAUCAUAACACGUUCCUUACCAGAGUCAAUUGACGGCGUAUCCUACCUAAGUUCAUAUGUUACGUUUCAGUUGGCAGUAAGUGCAACGAUUCUUCUGUGUGCCGUUAUUUCUUUGCAAAUCCACCACAAAAAGAGAAAGUCACAGGCACAAAGUACAGCAUGCCGACUGGCAAGAUGUUUCAGACAUCAGCAAAUGGAAAUUAAAGAAUGUAAAAAUUACAAUGCUACUCCCACGGAAAAUCAUACGGACACAAAACAAUCUGAAACUGCUUCUGAAUGUAAUGAAAACUUAAAAUCAGAGGAUUUAUCUUAUGCAUUUGAUAAACUAAUGUUUAGCGUUUUAGGAUUGUGUGAACUUAUUGCUACAACAACAUUUUUUGUUCUCAUUUUAAAAUGAAAUUCAAGCAUUAACAUGAAACAAAACUCUGCAACAAAUGUUUUUUCCUUGUAUGUAAAACUUUUACUUAUUAAAAAUUAUUAAACAGUUUAUAUUAAUUAAUUAAAUAGGCAUAUUUCAAUAUUUACAUAUACUUAUAUGCGAUACAUUUUUAAAUUAAUAUAUAACGAUUAUAUAAUGAACCUCGUCAAUGUUAGAUGGAUACUCUCAAAUAACAGAAUGUCAUUCCUUCCAUUCACAGGAAGCUUUGCAAGUAUCGAAACACUGCUAAUGACACAUCAGCUGUUGAAACAAAUAAAUUUUCUGGUAAUAACACGGAAGAUAAUAUUGCCAUGAAGCGUAUGUAGCGCUCUUUAACUUAAAACACAAAACAAUUGUGUCACUGUAGUUCCAGAGUAAAAUAUAGCCCUUGAAAUGUAGUGCAGCCUCCACAGAGUGACACGUUUAAAAACAAAAAUUUCUUUAUUAACAUUUUCAGUUUUUCCUGAAGUAAGACUGAACUUUUAUUUCAGAGCGACACCAUCUUAUAAUGAAAAAAUGCUUUGACUCCCAAAGCAUGUUGUUGUGCAGAUGUUGUACUGUACAGAGAAAUUGUUUAAUGUUUAAUUAGUAAAUAAAGCAU